ACUAUUGGCCUUGGAAAUAGCACGUGACCCAAAACCACACCCCCUCCCCGCCUCUCUCUCUCUCUAACUUCAGAUCAUCGCUAGCCUACCACUCUCUCUCUCACACACUAUGUUUAUCCUCUCUGGUUUGCCAUCCACCACAUUCUUCAGGCCUAGGGUUUCGUCUUCGUCUCUCUCCUCCUCUUCUUCUUCUUCUUCUUCUUCUUCUUCAUUAUCAUCCUCUUCUAGGCUGUGUUUGGUCUCUGUGAGAUCGAGUGCGCGAAAGAGCUCUGCUUGUCCUUGCCUGUUUUACUCCUUGAAGGUGAGUGCUAUGGCGGAGCUGGUGAAGGACACGGAAUCGUCUUUAUCGCCCAUUCAGAAUGCGCAGAGGAGGGAGACUAACCAUUCUCGUACGUUUCUCAAUACCACCACUGAAGAAGAGCUGCUGUCUGCAAUAAGGAAGGAAACAGAAGCUGGAAGGCUUCCCUCAAAUGUUUCUUUGGGAAUGGAAGAAUUAUAUCAGAAUUAUAAAAAUGCUAUUCUCCAAAGUGGAAAUCCCAAGGCAGAUGAGAUUGUGUUGUCCAAUAUGACUGCUGUAUUAGAUCGUGUAUUCUUGGAUAUAGAGGACCCAUUUGUCUUCUCCCCAUAUCACAAAGCAAUGCGAGAGCCUUUUGACUACUACAUGUUUGGUCAAAACUAUAUUCGUCCUUUAGUUGAUUUCAGAAACUCGUAUGUUGGCAAUAUUUCUGUUUUCAAAGAUAUUGAAGAGAAGCUUCAACAGGGUCACAACAUUUUUUUGAUAUCAAACCACCAAACUGAAGCAGAUCCAGCUGUCAUUGCCUUAUUGCUUGAAACAACAAACUCAUAUCUUUCUGAGAACAUGACCUACAUAGCAGGAGAUAGAGUUGUGACAGAUCCUCUUUGUAAGCCCUUCAGCAUGGGAAGGAAUCUGAUAUGUGUGUACUCAAAGAAGCACAUGAAUGAUGUUCCUGAGCUUACUGAAAUGAAAAGAAAAGCAAAUACGCGGAGUUUGAAGGAAAUGGCUUUGCUGUUGAGGAGUGGGUCGCAAAUUGUAUGGAUUGCACCUAGUGGUGGAAGGGACCGGCCAGAUCCUGUAACAGGAGAAUGGUACCCAGCACCUUUUGAUGCUUCUUCACUGGACAAUCUAAGAAGGCUUGCUGAACAUUCUGCUGCUCCAGGGCAUAUAUAUCCCUUAGCAUUGUUGUGCCACAACAUCAUGCCUCCACCGCUCCAGGUGGAAAAAGAAAUUGGAGAGAAGAGAAUGAUCUCCUUCCAUGGUACUGGAUUGUCGGUUGCACCAGAAAUCACCUUUUCUGAUAUUUCUGCUUCCUGUCAAAAUCCUGAAGAGGCUAGGGAGACAUACACACAAGCUCUGUAUAAAAUUGUUACUGAACAGUACAAUGUGCUCAAAUCUGCCAUACAUUGCAAACAAGGGCUAAAGGCAUCUACGCCAAAUGUUUCUUUGUCACAACCAUGGAAUUAGUCUAUCUUUAAACAUAUUUGCCUUCUUACUUAGCUUUAAUAAUCAGAUUAGGACUUUACCUUAAUUUUGCAAGUCCUGACCACAAAAGGCCACUGGCCCUUCCAACACAAGUAUGCACUAUGCCAAGAAGAUUUAAUUGAAGCUUAUGACAAACAUAAGUUCAACGUCGAUUAGAUGGAGAUUCUUUUUGUUCAUAUGGUUUAGGCAAGAGCUGGAUUCUUUGGAAAUUGAAGCUGUCUCGCAAGGGUUCGGUUUUUAGGUGUAUACUGUAGAUAUGGGGCCAGUUGUUGAUGAGCAAUGUAAAUUGAACUUUAGAUGUUAUUUUUAAAUCAAUAGCUCUUUCUCUAGCACCUGAGAAGUCUUAAAGUUUCAAGAGAACCCUAUACAGCUGAGAAAAUAUUUGUGACUGCCUGCCACAGAGGCAAUUGCUAUCUCAUGUUCAAAUUUAUGCUGUUUGUACUUGUUUCA